AUGGAGUUAAUUAAGCGAGGACACGAAGUUACAGUGAUAACUACAGAUCCUCAAUUUAAAAAUGACACUGCUCCGAAAAAUUUAAGAGAAAUUGACAUCCAUGAUAUGUCAUACAAGAUUUGGAAAGAUUUGUCUCUUUCUGUUACCGGAAAAGAGGAUGAUUUGAUAAAUCAAAUUUCUGCCUUCGCUAAAAUAGCUCACGACAUAUUUGAACAAAUAAUGCGUGUGAAAGAUGUUCAAGACCUUAUAUACCAUAAAAAACGACAGUUCGAUUUGAUACUUUUGGAAUCAUAUUUCGUACCUAUGCUGGGAUUCACACAACAUUUUAAGGCACCUACAGUUUUAGUAAGUUCUUUUGGAGCAAUGAUGGACGAUUAUGAAAUAAUGGGAGCGCCAACGCAUCCCAUAUUAUACCACGACCAUUAUCGUCAAAGAUUAUAUAAUUUAAAUUUAUGGGAAAAAGUGACUGAACUUUACAAAUAUUUUCGGUUUCGAUACAUUUUUAGUUCCAACGAAGAAAAUUGCAACAAACUGAUUAAAAGUAUAUUUGGUCCUGACACUCCACCUCUAAGCGUAUUAAAAAAUGAUGUUGAUUUGUUAUUGUUAAAUAUUAACCCAAUUUUUGAAGGAAAUUAUCCAGUACCACCAAACGUCAUACAUAUGGGAGGAUUACACCAAACACCACCAAAGAAACUACCAAAGGAUCUUCAGCAAUAUCUCGAUACUUCACAAAACGGUGUCAUUUACUUCAGUUUUGGAACCAACGUUCUACCAUCUUUAUUACCUCAAGAAAAAAUUAAAAUAUUUGAAAGUGUUUUCUCACAACUUCCUUAUAAUGUGAUAUGGAAAUGGGAUAGUAAUGAAAAAGACAUAAAAUCAAAAAACAUAAAAAUAUACAAAUGGCUACCACAAUCAGAUCUUUUGAGACAUCCAAAUGUGAAAUUAUUUAUAACUCAAGGAGGUUUACAAUCGACAGACGAGUCGAUCACUGCUGGUGUACCACUUAUAGGCAUACCAAUGUUAGGAGACCAGUGGUAUAAUGUAGAAAAAUAUGUUCAUCAUAAAAUUGGUAUCAAGCUUUUAUUAGAAAACCUUACUGAAAAUCAAUUGAAAAAUGCAAUCAUAGAAAUAAUUGAAGAUAAAAGUUAUCGUGAAAACAUCAUACGACUUCGCUCCUAUAUGCAAGAUCAACCGCAGGCGCCCCUGGAUCGUGCUAUAUGGUGGAUAGAAUACGUACUUCGACACGGCGGAGCUAAACACUUGCGAUCACCAGCUGCAAAUAUGUCAUGGAUUGAAUACUAUGAAAUAGAGCUUGUCCUUAUACUUCUAUCUAGUAUUUUGAUAAUUAUAGGAUUGAUAACUUUUCUCAUUAAAUAUUCAAUAUCGUAUGCUUCUAAAUAUGUAAAAGAAAAACAAUUGUAG